AUGGCAUAUUCAAUCUCGUCUGGCAUAGAACGAACAUUAAUCUGUCCUCCAACAAUUAAUAAUAAAUUCAAGGAAAUAAUCUAUUGUGAUUUUCAUAUUAAAUUUCAUGGAGCUCAAAAUUUACCAAAAAUGGAUCUUAUUGGAACUGCUGAUCCUUAUUUUCGAGCACAAAUUGAUGAUGGACAAAUUGAAUUUAUUUCAUCUUGUACUGUUAACACAUUAAAUCCUAUUUGGAAUGAAGAAUGGAUAGUACGAAAUGUUCCAUCAACAGGCAAACUUUUUGUUACAGUUUAUGAUAAAGAUGAUGAUACAAUCUAUGAUGAUUAUAUUGGUAAUUUUCAAAUAGAUCUUCAACCAAUAGAAAAUGAAUUCAUAACAAUAUAUGGUCCUGGAAAUAUGAAACGAGGAGUAUUUGAAUUAACUAUAAUAUCAAUUCCACGUUCUUCCGAUACAUUAAAUCUACGUCCUUAUAUGUUCGAUGGUCCCGUUCGUUUUUCUCGUCAUAGUUCUUUAACUGCAGGUCGUUUAACCAAAAUCAAUGAUGAACGACUUUAUUCUACAUGGGAAAUCUAUUUAAAACGUAUCGAUAUUUAUUUCGAUAAACAUAAAAAACAAAAAUAUAAUUCAUCCUAUCAAGCAGCUAAAUCAAUAUUUGAAGGUCCUAUGUCACAUGCAGUUCAAUCUGUUAUUAAACAAGCUCAUCGAGUUCUAUAUGCUAAACAUACAACAAAUGAAUUUGGUUUAUUAAACUCUAAUAAAGAUCUAUGGAAUUUAUUAAUAGAUACAAAUACAUAUAAUAUAAAGCCAUGUGUUUAUACAUAUAUUAUUGAAGAUUAUACAUGGCGUUUUAGUGAAACAGGUGCUUCAUUUUUUGUUGAUUUUGUAUCUAAACAUGCAUUACAUGCGAAUUGUUCACAAACAGUUUAUUAUGCUGGUGAAUUUCAUCCAAGACCCAUAGGUGGUUGGAAUCAAUAUGAUCCAAAUGAAGCAUUUGAUUGGAAUCAAUGGGAAUUAGUCAUUGAUAAUGGUUCAGGUACAUAUGCACCUGAUUUAAAACUUUUAAAUAAAUUAAAAGAUUUAUUAACAUUUAAUUUUCCUCAUUUAAAUAUUAUUACCUAUGAUUUUAAAGAUCCAAAAUUAAAAUCAAGUAUUGAAGCAUGUCGAGAUUUUGCUAAAAGUCCAAAAUCAAAAUCAACAAAAACUCUUAAAUAUCUCAUAAGAUCACCAGUACUUCAUUAA